UCGCGCAGCGCCGGGUAGCUCUCAGCCUUCGGUGGAGGGCGGCGCGCUUAGGCAGGCCCUGGGGCGGCUAGAGUGCCGCGGGGAGGGCUGUGCCGGUUGCUUUCUGCAGCCGCGUCUCGGCCAGCUCUCCUCGCCGUCCCCGGGGCGCUGUGCGUCUCCAGUCCGGGACCGAAGCCGCCUGCCGUAGCGGGCGGCCAGAUCCGCGUCCCGCCUCAGCGCCCGGAGGACAUGCGGGAGAGAGAAUGAGCCAGAGGGACACGCUGGUGCAUCUGUUUGCCGGGGGAUGUGGUGGUACAGUGGGAGCUAUUCUGACAUGUCCACUGGAAGUUGUAAAAACACGACUGCAGUCAUCUUCUGUGACACUUUAUAUUUCUGAAGUUCAGCUGAACACCAUGGCUGGAGCCAGUGUCAACCGAAUAGUGUCUCCUGGACCUCUUCAUUGCCUGAAGAUGAUCUUGGAAAAAGAAGGGCCACGUUCCUUGUUUAGAGGAUUAGGCCCCAAUUUAGUGGGGGUAGCCCCUUCCAGAGCAAUAUACUUUGCUGCUUAUUCGAACUGCAAGGAAAAGUUGAAUGAUGUAUUUGAUCCUGAUUCUACCCAGGUACACAUGAUUUCAGCGGCAAUGGCAGGUUUUACUGCAAUCACAGCAACCAACCCCAUUUGGCUUAUAAAGACUCGGUUACAACUUGAUGCAAGGAACCGUGGGGAAAGGCGAAUGGGUGCUUUUGAAUGUGUUCGUAAAGUGUAUCAGACAGAUGGACUAAAAGGAUUUUAUAGGGGCAUGUCUGCUUCGUAUGCUGGUAUAUCAGAGACUGUUAUCCAUUUUGUUAUUUAUGAAAGUAUAAAACAAAAACUACUGGAAUAUAAGACUGCUUCUACAAUGGAAAAUGAUGAAGAAUCUGUGAAAGAAGCAUCAGAUUUUGUGGGAAUGAUGCUAGCUGCUGCCACCUCAAAAACUUGUGCCACAACUAUAGCAUAUCCACAUGAAGUUGUAAGAACAAGACUACGUGAAGAAGGAACAAAAUACAGAUCUUUUUUUCAGACACUAGCUUUGCUCAUUCAAGAAGAAGGUUAUGGGUCUCUUUACCGUGGUCUGACAACUCAUCUAGUGAGACAGAUUCCAAACACAGCCAUUAUGAUGGCCACCUAUGAAUUGGUGGUUUACCUACUCAAUGGAUAGCAGCAUGAGGGCUGCUGUACUACAAAAAAAGAAGACCAAAAGAUGACAGUGGACCAUGGAAUAUGGAAGCCAGCAUGGCAGACAGAAGAAAAAUAGUUUGGGAACAUGUAACUAUUCUAAGUGGAAGUUUUGUUGUAGGAAUUAUAGUAAUCACACCACAUUUCUUGGCCUUUCAGUAAUGUG